AUACCAUGAUCCACUGUAACAAAAGUGGCUGAAAGAGCCACGCAUUCACAUAGCCUAAUAUGUGCACAUUGAGAGUGCACACAGUGUGUAUGUUGUCAUGCAUCACAGGUUAAACUAGCAUAGCUGCCUAAAAUGCAUUGGUGAAGUUCAAAAUGAUUGAAGAAAAAAAAACUAAAAAUUACAAACACCAUGCCUGGCAGUUUAUACUGUUAGAUUUAAUUGCUAAAUGUGGAAUGUCCUCACUCUUGUGGGCAUAUUUUGGCUUUGAAAAAACAGAUGUUGCUCAAAAGAUGAUAAUCUCCAAACUAUGCCAAAAAUUAAUGAACCAACUCAGUGCUUGUUGCCCCAUCUGCACAUUAACCACCACAGAGAAUAUGUAGAAUAUGAAAGACCUUGGGAGACCGCUGUCCACAACAUGCCUAAACCAGCCAGAUUCCUGACCCACAUUCCUAUCCAGUUUGUGGCAGUAAUGCACCAUUUCACUGUUUGCAAGCCGCCAUAAAAAUCUAAGAAGAACAUUUUGGAGGUAGCUUUUUUAAAAACUUUGUAACUGAAGGUAAAACAGCAGUUUGCAGUUGGUACAGAGACACUGUGGGGGGAGAGACAAAUGUCAACCAGUGAACACAUGAGAGACAGUGGCUAUUAGGAUUUUAACUUUUACAACCAUACUAGCCUAUGGAUUCUAUAAAGUUACACCAUCAUAAGUUAGUUAUUUUCAUACACAGUCAUGGCCAAAAAUAUUGGCACCCCUGUAUUUCUGUCAGAUAACGCACCAUUUCUCAGAGAAAACUGUUGCAAUCAUAUUCCAGCACCGUAGCAUGGGAGUUUAUUGCUUAUGGCUUUAUUUCCCUCUCAUUUGUCUGCAGUGAGGAAUUGGCAUGUGUCUAAUGACACAAAGAAUAGAUGUUUAGAGCUGGCCACAGACAGAGAUGGUGGAAGACCCAUGAAAAGGAAGUGGUGUAGCCACUAUGAACCUGAGCAAAGUCCUUUGCUGGUUCAUCUGGUUUCCAUGUCCAAAAAGCUCCCGUCUUUUCAUCCCCAACGCCUCACUUGUUCCCAGGAUUUGUUUGUCUGCUCACUUGCCAGGCUGCUUCAAUCACCUGUUCAUAGGCUCCUGUCUCCUGUGUGGAGCACUUUAUCUUCAUACCCGUUCACAAUCACCUGUCAUUGCUGGGACGCCAAUGCUGCCUCUGUUCCUGUUCCUGAGCGGGUCGACAUCUUCAACACAACCUCAGUUCCUGUUUUCCAGUGGGUUGACGCCACCGCCAUUCCUGUCCCUGAGUGGGCUGACGCCGCCUUUGCCCCAGUUCUUCUAUGGGUCGAUACCACCAUUGUUCCUGCUCCUGAGUGGGUCAACGCCACAUCUGCCCCAGUUUCUGAAUGGCACAACUCCACCACUGCCUCAGUUCCUGAGGGGGCCAACACCACCUCCCACCCUUGACCUCCAGUGGGUCUAUGACAAUACCCUCACUCCUGUGCCAGUGUCUAGGCAUAUCAUCAGUGAGUCCCCUGCUGCUCACAUGUCCCGGCCUCGGGUUUCCAUUCAACUGUGAGGUUGCCUCCAGGCUUCUGCCAGGUCCCAAGACUGCCUGCCUGAGUUGCCUUCUCAAUGCCCUGCCAGAUCCCCAGGCCAUCCACCCAAGUGGCUUUCUGCUGGAUUUCAGGGCCAUCCACCAGAAUGGCCUCUCCAGCUUCCUGUUGGAUCUCAUGGUUGUCUGCCUGAAUGACCUCAUCUGGCGCCUAGGCCCUGCUCCCGAAAGGCAUCCUCUGCUCCUUGCCUGGCCCCUGGGCUGUCCUUCUGAAUAGCGCCCCGCCCCCCUGCAUCUCACUUGGCGCCAAGGUUUUCCGGAGUGACCUUUUCUGCCUCUGCUGCCUGUCCGGUUCAGUGGCCAUCCACCCGGUCAGCCACUCCAGACGCCUGUCUGGUUUCAAGGUCAUCCUUCUGAACGGUGCUAUCAACUCCCUGUGGCCGUCUUCCCAGUCAGUCAUCUAAGCUUCCUGUCUGGUCCCGAGGCUAUCGUCCGGAGCGAACCGCUUCCCCAGUUUCCUGCCCGGCCCAGAGAC